UUCUCUCAUCUGUGAGACAACAGAAGGAGACUUGAGACGUCUAAAAUCAGCAUUUGCUCAGUAUCUCGUCAGGAAACUAAAGCAAUAAUGGCAGUGUGCAAGUUGUUGAUGUUGGCCAUGCUGGUGGGCACCGCCAUGUCUGCCGCCUCUCCCCACCUUCCGCGCCCUCGACCUACGCCCAUUCUCAAACCGGAACCGGUCUGCAACAAUUGGUGUGGCACCCCUCCAAACCUUACAUGCUGUGACCGGAAGUGUCCUGUUGACAAUCGCCCCAUCUUUGAAUGCAACCGACCUCAGGCCCAAGGAGCUGCUGCUUCUAUCUCUGGUCCAAGUCGUUGUGAGUCUGAUAGCGAAUGCAGUGGCAACGCCCUUUGUUGCUGGGACAGCUGCCUUGCAUACAAGAAGUGCACCAAUGUCUGAGACCCACCGCUAGGACCCCAGAAUGUCCAGAGUAGUGCUGGAUAAUAUAUUGACUGUGGCUGUUCUCAGUCAGAAGUCAGAAAUGAGUUCCUUUCAUAUGUUAAUUCAUUUAUUUUUCAACUUCAUGUUUUGUUGUAGCAGUUUCACUUUUUGUGAUUUUAUUGUAAUUUGUUAAAUAUUGGCUUACGUUCAUAUUUAAAUAAACUAUUUGUUACAA